UUCUCACUCUCAGUCCAUUCUUACUCUUCAUGUAUCUUCCUCUCUCUUCUCUUCCCAACUCUUCUAUCCACAGCGGCCUAUUGUUCUUCCAGCCUCUCAUUUCCCGCAUAAAUUUGCAACAGCUUACACUUGCUAGGAGCGAAUAGCGAUGUCAUCCGGGUUAACUUGUGGCCCCUUGAAAUAUAGCAUGGGCUUACCAGCAAGGGGGAUAGGAUCACAUAAGAAGCAGUUCUCUGUUUUACCGAGUUUUGGGUUAUCUACAAAGUUUCUUAUGUGGGAAAGAAAUGGUUUAGCUGCAUCAACUUGUAGAUAUAAACAGAGAGUGCCUUCUGUAAACUGUGCAAUGGAUGCUACCUUUGGAGAUUCUAGCAAUGACUCAACAGUGAUAUUUCCUAGAAUUAAUGUCAAGGAUCCUUACAAGCGACUAGGAAUCAGCAAGGAAGCUUCAGAAGAUGAAAUUCUAGCUGCUCGGAACUUCUUAAUACAAACAUACGCAGGACACAAGGCCAGUGUGGAUGCAAUUGAAGCAGCACACGAUAAAAUCAUCAUGCAAAAAUUUUACGAAAGGAAGAACCCUAAGAUCAACGUCAAGAAAAAGGUCAGGGAAGUAACCCAGCAUAAAUAUGUCCAGGCUGUCACAAGCAGGUUUCGAACCCCAUCCACAAGGGUCAUUGUAAAAACUUCUGUAGCUUUCUUGGUACUCGGAGUGCUAACUGUACUCUUUCCAACGGAGGAAGGCCCAACACUUCAAGUUGCUAUCUCUUUGAUACUCACAAUGUACUUUAUUCAUGAUCGCCUCAAGACCAAAUUGCGUGCUUUUCUCUAUGGAGCAGGGAGUUUUGCUUUUUCGUGGCUUCUGGGAACGUUCUUGAUGGUUUCUGUGAUGCCACCUAUACUCAAAGGGCCAAGGAGCUUAGAAGUGACGACGUCGUUGAUAAGCUACAUUAUCCUUUGGGUUUCAUCUACCUAUCUUCGAUAGUCGCUUCUUUUAUGCAUAACCAAAGUUUUCCAGAUUAAUGGUAGCUUCUUGUCGCAGUUGCUAUUCUUGCGGUUACAAAAUGUUGGUACAGAUUGAUCGAUAUGUAGUGAGGACAGGUUUCAAUAAAUGAGGCUAGAAGGUUUAGUGGAGAUGGCUUUGAUUGAAACCUUGAGAGAAGUGUUAUGAGUUAAUCUUACUUAUCUGAGUUGCAAAUUACCAAAGGGCUGAUUCACUGUUUUGUCUGCGGUUCUCUAUUUGUAAUUGCAUUAGUUUUAACAAAGUACAUGACUCUUUUUGCAGGAUUGUUCA